AUGGGUCUCCCUUCGCUCGCCCGCACUCUUGGUCUGGGGGCCUUGCUUCUGCUUGGCUCUGACCUGAUUCCCCAGGUCAAUGGUCUUCCUAAAACCCCAUGGGCGAAGCAACGUGCCAAGGGACAUGGUAGAAAGGCACUGAGCCAGGCCAUCGGUAAAAGACAACUCGGAAAUGGCUCGGAGCCCGUCGACUGCAUCCCUCACGACCCCAUGGAUGUUGACGCCCCCAAGGAGAAUAUCUGGGGGGGUUUGACCACAGUCGAAGCCGCUGGAGUCACUCAGUGGCUAUUCGCUCAGCCCGAGCUGAACCUCACUGUUAGUGAAAACGCGACGUCCUGGGACAACUCGGUCGUCCUUGUGGAGCUCAUGCCUCCCAACAAGACGGAUGCUCUGGCUUACAUUGAUGGGUCCGCUCCGGCUCCAGCCCGAUACGCCCAUGUUCUCAUCGGCUUCCGCGCCUCAGAAGAACCAGAAUACCAAGACAUCCUUGUCGGUCCUCUUCCCGUCGCAAACGGUACUACCAAAUGGGAACGCCUCGACUACCCCUACACGCGCAAGACCGGUGGUCGCGUUCGCAAUCUCGAUGCCGAUGACGACGCUAUGCAAGACUGGCUGUACGAUGUCAGCAAGACCGUUGCAGACAUCACCAAGGACCUCUGGAACGCCACGGGUCUCGGUCUCGAGAACGACACGCUCUCCAUCUGGGGUAUUGACCCUUACUACCAGGAUGAUGGCCGUGUUCAGCGCUGGGACACCUUCUGGAGCAUUCCCGACUCCAUCUUCGACGUUGGCUCCAUGAUGCCCAUGGGCCUGUUCUUCAUGUCCGACGUCACUGGCCGCGAUCCGUCUAAGUGGACCGUUGAGGGUUGGUACUACAACGGCAUCUUCUACGAGACCACCGAGGAGUUCCGCAACGCCUACUGGAGCGGCCAGGUUGAGAAGCUCGGCGGCAACUGGUCUGGAGACUGGUCUGCCACGGACCAACAGGGAGAGAUCCUCCCCUUGGACACCAAUGCGCCUCCUACCGCGGUCGCACCUCAAGGCGCCAGAUACUCUGUUGAUCCUGAGCGCAAGUAUGUUGAGUGGAUGGGCUGGAGCUUCUAUGUUGGCUUCACCCGUGAUACCGGCAUGGCCCUCUACGACAUCCGCUACAAGGGUCAGAGAAUCCUCUACGAGCUCGGUCUUCAGGAGGCGCUCGCUCACUAUGCUGGAAGCGAUCCCACUCAGUCUCAUGUGGCUUACCUGGACACAUACUACGGCUUUGGUCCUUUCGCCUUCGAGCUGCUCAAGGGUUAUGACUGCCCCUCCUACGCCACCUAUCUCAAUUCAUCCUUCUACGUCUCUGAGACCACCCACACGCAUCUGAACAGCAUAUGUCUCUUUGAGUUCGAUGCCGACUACCCUAUUGCCCGUCACAGCUCCCAGGACUACGUCACUGCCACUAAGAACGUCUACUUCACCGUCCGCUCCGUUUCCACCGUCGGUAACUACGACUACAUGUUCAGCUACUCCUUUUUCCUCGACGGAUCUGUGGCCGUUGAAGUCCGCGCAUCUGGCUACAUCCAGGCCGCCUUCUACGCCAAGAACGAUGGUUACGGCUUCAAGAUCCACGACAACCUGUCUGGCUCAAUGCACGACCACGUCGUCAACUUCAAAGCCGACUUCGACAUCUUCGGCACCGAGAACACCGUUCAAAGGAUGCACCAGGUGCCGACCACUCAGGUCUACCCGUGGUCCAAGGGCAAGGCGCUCAACACGAUGAAGGUCGAGCGCGAGUUCAUCGAGAACGAGGACGAUGGCCGCUUCGACUGGAGCUACAACAACCAGGACCAGCUCUUCGUCCUCAACCAGGAUGUCAAGAACAAGCACGGCGAGUACCGCGCCUACCGCAUCUUGCCGUACACCGGCGCCGCGCACUUAACAGUCAAGGACUCGAGCGUGAUCAAGAACUCGGCCAAGUGGGCUGGCAACGACAUCAUGGUCUCGAAGCGCAAGGACACCGAACCCCGCAGCAGCCACCCGUACAACAACCAGGACGUCGAGAACCCUCCGGUCAACUUUGACGCGUUCUUUGACGGCGAGAGCCUGAACCAGACGGACCUGGUGCUUUGGCUCAACCUUGGAAUGCACCACGUCCCUCACACUGGUGACCUUCCCACUACGGUCUUCACGACCGCCCACUCUGGUAUCCAGUUCAUGCCGGCCAACUACUUCGACGUCGGUCCCAACGUUGAGACGGUGAACAUGGUCCGCAUCAACUACUCCAAGGGCAACACCACUGAUGUUUUCACCUUCGGUGCUGAGACGGAAACAUGCGGUCUCGACUAUGAGCCCACUCAAGUGGACCUCUGGUCAUACAAGGGCGAUGUUGUUGUUCGCAAGUUCCCUUACUUGCCAGAUGACCCCUACUACCAGACGGACAGCAUCUAA